GACCUCCGGGACCUCAUGGAGCUGCGGGGGCCCGAGGCCCUGCAGAAGAUCCAGGAGAUGUACACGGACACAGAGAGCCUCUGCCGCCGCCUGAAGACAUCCCCUACGGACGGUCUCUCGGACAACGUGGCGGACCUAGAGAAGCGCACCGCGGUGUUCGGCCAGAACUUCAUCCCCCCAAAGAAGCCCAAGACCUUCCUGCAGCUGGUGUGGGAGGCCCUUCAGGACGUCACCCUCAUCAUCCUGGAGAUCGCCGCCAUCAUCUCUCUGGGCCUCUCCUUCUACCAGGCCCCCGGCGAGGAGACUGAGGCGUGCGGGAACAUGGCGGCGGGAGGUGAGGACGAGGGCGAGGCGGAGGCGGGCUGGAUCGAGGGCGCGGCCAUCCUGCUGUCGGUGGUGUGCGUUGUCCUGGUGACGGCCUUCAACGACUGGUCCAAGGAGAAGCAGUUCCGCGGGCUGCAGAGUCGCAUCGAGCUGGAGCAGCGCUUCGCCGUGGUCCGCAACGGCACCGUCAUCCAGAUCCCCGUGGCCGACAUCGUGGUGGGGGACGUGGCCCAGGUCAAGUACGGUGACCUCCUGCCGGCCGACGGUAUUCUGAUCCAGGGUAACGACAUGAAGCUGGACGAGAGCUCCCUGACCGGCGAGUCCGACCACGUCAGCAAGUCUGCCGACAAGGACCCCAUGUUGUUGUCCGGCACCCACGUGAUGGAGGGCUCGGGGAAGAUGCUGGUGACGGCGGUGGGGGUCAACUCCCAGACGGGUAUCAUCUUCACCCUGCUGGGGGCUGGGGACCCCGAAGAGGACCGCAAGGACAAGAAAGGGAAACCAGACAGCACACUGGAGACCAAUCAAACCAAAGCCAAGAAGCAGGAUGAGGCGGUUGCCAUGGAGAUGCAGCCGCUGAAGAGUGCCGAGGGAGGGGAGGUGGAGGAGAAGGAGAAGAAGAAGAGCAGCGUGCCCAAGAAGGAGAAGUCGGUGCUGCAGGGCAAGCUGACUAAAAUGGCGGUGGAAAUCGGGAAGGCAGGUCUGUUCAUGUCGGCCACCACUGUCAUCAUCCUGGUGGUUCUGUUCGUGAUCGAGACCUUCGUGAUCCAGGGUCAUGUCUGGAUGGCAGAGUGCACGCCUGUUUACGUCCAGUACUUCGUCAAGUUCUUCAUCAUCGGAGUGACCGUGCUGGUGGUCGCUGUUCCCGAAGGUUUACCGCUGGCUGUAACCAUCUCCCUGGCUUACUCAGUCAAGAAAAUGAUGAAGGACAACAACCUGGUACGGCACCUGGACGCCUGCGAGACCAUGGGCAACGCCACGGCCAUCUGCUCGGACAAGACGGGCACGCUGACCACCAACCGCAUGACGGCCGUGCAGCUCUACGUCUGCGACCACCACUUCCCCACCAUCCCCGAGCCAGAGCAGGUCCACGCCAAGGCACUGGAGCUGCUGGUGGCCUCCAUCUCCGUCAACAGCGCCUACACCUCCAAGAUCAUGCCCCCGGAUCAGGAGGGGGGGCUGCCCAAGCAGGUGGGCAACAAGACGGAGUGUGCCCUGCUGGGGCUGGUGCUCAGCCUGAAGCGCGACUACGUCCCCAUCCGGGAGCAGAUCCCCGAGGAGAAGCUCUACAAGGUGUUCACCUUCAACUCCGUCCGCAAGUCCAUGAGCACGGUGGUGCAGCUUCCCGACCGCUCCUUCCGCCUGUACAGCAAGGGCGCCUCCGAGAUCCUGCUCAAGAAGUGCUCCACAAUCAUGGACGCCGCCGGGGAGCUGAGGAACUUCAAGCGCGCCGACCGGGAUAAGAUGGUGAAGAAGGUGAUCGAGCCGAUGGCGUGCGAGGGCCUGCGGACCAUCUGCGUGGCGUUCCGCGACCUCCCCGCGACCCCCGAGCCCGACUGGGAGGACGAGGCCGACAUCCUGACCAACCUGUCCUGCAUCGGUGUGGUCGGCAUCGAGGACCCCGUCCGCCCCGAGGUCCCGGAUGCCAUCAAGAUGUGCCAGCGCGCUGGGAUCACCGUGCGCAUGGUUACCGGCGACAACAUCAACACGGCGCGCGCCAUCGCCGGCAAGUGCGGCAUCAUCCAACCGGGUGACGACUUCCUGUGCAUGGAGGGCAAGGACUUCAACCGGCGAAUCAGGAACGAGAAGGGCGAGAUCGAGCAGGAGCGCAUCGACAAGAUCUGGCCCAAACUGCGGGUCCUGGCACGUUCCUCGCCCUCCGACAAAUACAUCCUGGUGAAAGGUAUCAUAGAGAGCACGGCGCUGGAGCAGCGGCAGGUGGUGGCCGUGACCGGGGACGGCACCAACGACGGGCCCGCCCUGAAGAAGGCCGACGUGGGCUUCGCCAUGGGCAUCGCUGGCACCGACGUGGCCAAGGAGGCCUCUGACAUCAUCCUGACAGACGACAACUUCUCCAGCAUCGUGAAGGCGGUGAUGUGGGGCCGGAACGUCUACGACAGCAUCUCCAAGUUCCUGCAGUUCCAGCUCACCGUCAACAUCGUGGCCGUCAUCGUGGCCUUCUGCGGGGCCUGCAUCACCCAGGACUCCCCGCUGAAGGCGGUGCAGAUGCUGUGGGUCAACCUCAUCAUGGACACCUUCGCCUCGCUGGCCCUGGCCACGGAGCCGCCCACAGAGUCCCUGCUGUUGAGGAAGCCCUACGGACGCAACAACCCCCUGAUCUCCAGAACCAUGCUGAAGAACAUCCUGGGUCACAGCGCCUACCAGCUGGUCAUCAUCUUCACGCUGCUGUUCGCAGGCGAGAAGAUCUUCAACAUCGACAGCGGCCGCAACGCCCCACUUCACUCGGCCCCGUCCGAGCACUACACCGUCAUCUUCAACACCUUCGUGCUCAUGCAGCUCUUCAACGAGAUCAACGCCCGCAAGAUCCACGGCGAGAGGAACGUGUUCGACGGCAUCUUCGCCAACCCCAUCUUCUGCUCCAUCGUCCUGGGCACCUUCGUGGUGCAGAUCGUGAUCGUUCAGUUUGGAGGGAAACCGUUCAGCUGCGCCCCGCUCAACGUGGAGCAGUGGUUCUGGUGCCUCUUCAUCGGGCUGGGGGAACUCCUGUGGGGACAGGUGGUGACCUCUGUACCAACCAGCCACUUCAAAUGCCUGAAGGAGGCGGGACCCGGCACGGGCGCCGACCACAACGAGGACGAGGACAUGGCGGACGACGAGGACGAGAUCGACCACGCGGAGCGGGAGCUGAGGCGCGGACAGAUCCUGUGGUUCAGGGGCCUCAACCGCAUCCAGACCCAGAUGGAGGUAGUGAGCAACUUCAAGCGGAGCGGCUCCUUCCAGGGUGCCAUGCGUCGCCGUUCCUCCGUGCUCAGCCAGCUCCAUGACAUGCGAGUGGUGAAAGCGUUCCGCAGCUCGCAGUAUAAUGACGUCAGGAAGCCCCAAUCCAGGAACUCGAUCCACGACUUCAUGCAACCCCCCGAAUGUCUCCCCAACGAAUCGGACCGCAGCAUUCACUCGAUCGACGAGACGGACGAAGACUCGGCCAGCUCUUCCAGCAGAAACCCCGUCGGCUCCUCCCCCGCCCCCGUCGGCUCCUCCCCCGACCCCGUCGGCUCCUCCCCCGACCCCGCGCUCACCCCGACCUCGCCCCGGCCCCAGCCUCCCCCCCGCCCCCGCCGCAGCUCUCGGCCCAACACCCGCCAGCAGAGCCUGCCCGCCGUCCUCAACUGCAACAACAACAACGGCAGCACCGAGGCCGCGGCCGCCACCCGCCACGCCCCCAACGCCGCCCGCCCCCGCCCCCCCAGCGCUGAGACGUGGUUGUAA